AUGGCUGACUCCAAGCCAACGGUCUACGUCUUGGACCCUUACCAUCCAGAUGCCAUCGCGGCCCUGCAGCAAUCAACCGACAUCAAUGUCGUCCUCCCAACAGAUCCAAACAAGAUCCAAUACGCAGAGAAUUCCACUGCAGUAAUGCUUCGUAGCGAGACUCGUCUCGGUGCAGAUGAACUCGCGAAAUGCAAAAGGCUCAAAUACAUCGUCAAGCAAGGCGUUGGCGUCGACAACAUCGAUCUGAAAGCUGCUGCAGAAGCGGGUAUCAAGGUCUACAACACUCCUGGUCUAAAUGGAGAGGCCGUUGCUGAACUUACGCUCGCAUUGGCCUUAACACUCUCGCGACGAGUUGCUGAGAUUGAUCGUCGGACAAAGAACGGUGAGGUUAUCGUGAGAAGUCAGACGCUGGGAAAGAGCUUGUUCAAAAAGACCUUGGGAGUUAUUGGGAUGGGAAAUAUCGGGUUAGCUGUUGCGAAGAAGUGGGUGGGGGCUAUGGAAGGCAGUAUUGUCGCUUAUGAUCCAUUCUCAGAUGGGAAACAAUGGCUCAGCACUUUUGGAGAGACCAGAUUUCGCCAGGUUUCAAAGCUACAUGAUCUCCUGAGAGCAUCAGAUGUCGUAACCCUUCAUCUUCCUCUCACCAAAGAUACCGAGAACAUCAUCUCAACCGCAGAGUUUGGGGCUAUGAGAGAUGGUGCAAUUCUGCUCAACUGCGCUCGAGGUGGGAUCGUUAACGAGGAUGCAUUGUUAACUGCACUGAAUAGCGGAAAGCUUUUUGGUGCUGGCCUUGAUGCGAUGAUGGUUGAACCUCCGACUAUUGAGGCAUACCCAGAAUUGCUAGCGUUGCCGAAUGUUGUCUUGACGCCGCAUGUUGGAGCUUCGACAGUUGAGAAUCAGAGUCAGAGUGGUAUGGCGGUUGCGGAGAUCACAAUGGCACUGUUGAGGGACCACGAUGAGCCUCUUCAGCCCAAAGCCCAUCAAAAGCAAGCAAAAAAUAGAUUUAAUCUCAGGAAACACAUAUGUCACCCAAAAGACACUAUAAUGCCCAAGACAAGGCGCCAGCGAAGAGAAUCCCCGCCCCGCCCAAAGAAAACAGCCCGAUUGACAUGCAACAACUGUCGUGCUCGCAAAGUCCGCUGCGACGGAGGCCAACCCGUCUGCGGCAUCUGCAUAGCAUACAACGAGACCUGCCAGUAUGAUCGACCACCGCCUAUGACGCAGAUCCGCGCCAUGGCGGAUAAGAUCGCGCAGCUUGAACAGACGAUCCAAGACCUACAGAAACAGGAUGUUACCAGCACUGCUCCUUGUCAAACCAGUGCGACAGUCCUAACAGAGAGCGCAAUAGUACCAGCACUGAUAGAGCCUCUUCCGACCAUCGAGGUUGCGGACGGUAACAUGGAUCCCACUCGGUCUUUCUACGACACUACAUCCGCGGUUCACGAUCCUGGAGAUACGCCAUCGCAAGCAACAACGGGUCAAAUCACUGUCGCACAUAGCCCUGAAACUCGUCAGCCUCUACCAAUGGAAACCCCCGAGCUGAAGUUCUGGGAGGAUCAAGCUGUCGAGAGCGCAGCAGUUUAUCUCAGCAUUCCUGAGGAGGUGAUUCGACGUCUCUUUGCGACGCAUUGGACAUGGGUUCACGCCAACUUUAUGUUUGUCCCACGAGCUUUAUUUCUUCGUGAUGCCGCAGUCGGUGGGAAAUUCUUCUCCCCAUUUCUGUUGAGCGUGUUAUGUCUGCACUCGACGCGUUUUAGGGAACGGCAUUUAACAGAACAACUCCUUGCCAGGGCAAAGUUGGAGUUCAGCCAUGAGAUACACAAAGAAGGAUCCAUACCACUAGUUCAGGCAUUGCUGCAGUUUAGUGCUCGCGAAAUUGGUAGAGGAUCUGUAUCGCAAGCUUGGCUGUACGGCGGGAUGGCUUUUCGAGUUGCUGUUGACAUUGGUCUCUUCUCGCUAUCACCCAAGACGUCUGAGGAUGUCGUAUGGUUGCAACUUGGUCGGCAUCUCGCAUGGUCUUGCUUCUUCUGGGAUAAGACUUUGAGUCUAUAUCUUGGAAGAACACCGUCAUUACCAGAGCCUCCGAAAUGGGACCCUGCUUUACCAGAAGAACUAGAAACCAAGUUAUGGCCGCCUUAUCCCAUUCCAGAUGAUGAAGCACUCCAGACUUAUCAGCCGAGACCAUCGCAUUUAUUGCUGUGUUUUGCAUAUACUUGCAGGAUCAGCCUUAUCAUCAACGAUAUUCUCUUCAGUAUUUAUGGAAGUAAACGAACCAAAGAUGUCUUGGACUUUGUGCAAACUACGAGGGAGAGGCUGCACGCCUGGCGUUCAAGUUUACCAAUAGCUCUGCACGUGGACUACCAAGGCCAGACAUGCCCGCCUACACAUUUCGUAGCUCAGCAAAUGCUGUACCAUACCACCAUAAUCCUACUUCAUCGGCCAUUUCUCAAUAACCCAGCGUGCUGGAAAGCAUGCCAAGAAGCCUCUCAAGCCGUAGAGCAACUUCUCCAGCUCCUCGAUAACACAUUCGGCUUCCAGCGAUUCACAUACAUCAUGGCCUACUGCACCUACACCGCAGCCACAGUCGUCGUGCAAGACAUGAAAAGCGGCAGGCCUGAUACUACCCAGCGAUUCAAGAUGUUUAUGAGAGCGCUGAACGCCAUCACAGUUAGCUGUCCCGGUAUACAGCGCAGCAUCGAUAUUCUGACAAGGGGUCUUGGUACGGUGUCAGUCGAGCAAGAACCCCCGGCUUUUCCGGAGCAGGCCCCGCAGAUACCGGCUUUUCCUUAUACGGACUUUAGUUACAUCUUUAGCGAAGGGGUGGAUGAGACGAGUCAUGACACGACUGCGAGCUCGAAUGCGUUCUUUAACCUUGAUUCUUUUCCACAGUUGUGGUUUAAUGAGUUCUCGGAUAACGUGGUUGACGACGUUCAUGUUGAGAAUCCAAUGUAG